AUGACCAAAGACGCCGUGAAUCUGGAUACUUACACAGUCAAUUUCAUGCCCUUCUAUACCGAGUACGAAGGACCAACUGGAGAGUUUAAGGAUUAUAAGUUCGAAGAUACUGUUUACUUUCGAGGGAAGGAGCUGCAAAGGGAGAAGCUCGUUACAACUGCCAAUAGCGAUAGCACAACUGAUACAUUCAGUAAUGGCGCCAUCUUCUCGGGAAACACAAUAAUUGGCAAGGUAGUUUCGGUGAAUAAUUAUGAAAGGGAGGGUACUAACCGCAACGAAUUGGCGCGCUUACAAGAAUUGAUCUCCCUCAUCGAUGUCAUCAACCAGUAA